AUGGCGUGCGCCUCCAUCACGCGGAUCUACGGCUUCUACGACGCGGUCUGGCUGCAGCUGGCAGAAUGCAAGAGGCGCUACAACAUCAAGCUCUGGAAGCAGUUCUGCGACGUUUUCAACUGCAUGUCGGUUUGCGCGGUCAUCGAUGAGAAGAUUGUUUGCAUGCACGGCGGCCUCUCACCUGAGAUCACCAGCUUUGAGCAGGUGAAGCGCAUUGUCCGCCCCACCGACGUGCCGGACACCGGGCUCAUUUGCGACCUUCUCUGGGCAGAUCCAGACAAGGACAUCCAGGGAUGGGCGGAGAAUGACCGUGGCGUGUCCUUCAUCUUCGGACCGGACGUUGUCAGCAACUUCCUGCAGAAGCAAGAGAUGGACUUGGUGUGCCGCGCUCACCAAGUCGUGGAAGACGGCUACGAGUUCUUUGCCAAGCGCCAGCUGAUCACGCUCUUCAGCGCUCCAAACUACUGUGGGGAGUUCGACAACGCCGGGGCGAUGAUGUCCAUCGACGAGACGCUGAUGUGCAGCUUCAAGGAGGGCGCGGCGGCCGCGGGGGUCGUGACACGAAGCCGUGCCGAUCGGGGAGCAGCUGGAGCAUUGGCGCAAGAUUUCACGAUUGCCCUCCCGCAAGCCUUCACGUGGACAGACUGGGCGGUGCUGCUUGCUUGGCUGGCCCGGCGGAUGGUGAUACGUGCGCGGCUGGUGAAAAGGACAGAAACCCACGGCACCAUGAAGAAGCAGGAGGAUCUCGCUAUUGAGGAGAUCAUCGAGAAAUGCCUGGAAGUCAAAGGAGGGAAGCCAGGCAAGCUGGUGCAGAUCCCGGAGGGCCAGGUGAAGAGCCUCUGCACCACCGCCCGGAUGAUUUUCCUGGACCAGAGCCCUCUCCUGGAGCUUGAGGCGCCUUUGAAGAUCUGCGGCGACGUGCACGGCCAGUAUCACGACCUGCUGCGUUUGUUCGAGUACGGAGGCUUCCCGCCAGAGAGCAACUACCUUUUCCUAGGCGACUACGUGGACCGCGGCAAGCAGAGCCUGGAGACCAUUACGCUGCUCUUCGCCUAUAAGGUGAAGUUCCCUGAGAAUUUCUUCCUGCUGCGCGGCAACCAUGAGUGCGCGUCCAUCACGCGUAUCUACGGCUUCUACGAUGAGUGCAAGCGCCGGUACAACAUCAAGCUCUGGAAGCAGUUCUGCGACGUUUUCAACUGCAUGCCGGUCUGUGGCGUCAUUGAUGAGAAGAUUGUUUGCAUGCAUGGAGGCCUGUCACCCGAGAUCACCAACUUUGACCAGGUGAAGCGCAUUGUGCGUCCCACCGACGUGCCGGACACGGGGCUGAUUUGCGACCUGCUCUGGGCAGACCCGGACAAGGAGAUUGCUGGUUGGGCGGAGAAUGAUCGCGGAGUGUCCUUCAUUUUCGGCCCGGAUGUCGUGAGUACCUUCCUGCAGAAGCACGAGAUGGACUUGGUGUGCCGCGCGCACCAAGUGGUGGAGGACGGCUACGAGUUCUUUGCGAAGCGCCAGCUGAUCACGCUUUUCAGCGCCCCGAACUACUGUGGCGAGUUUGACAAUGCUGGCGCGAUGAUGUCCAUCGAUGAGACGUUGAUGUGCAGCUUCAAAGUCUUGAAGCCAGUGAAGAAGAAGUGA